AUGUUGAGUCUCAAUAAAUUGAUUUACUUGAAUCCUUAACCUUCUUAUCAUUCAAAAACUUUUGAUGGCAAUUAAAAAUUAACUUUAUUAUUCAUAAAAACAAAGCAAAAUAAACAUCAAAUUCCUUGUUUAUUCAUCAAAGCAAAUUCAGAUGAAUACCUUUUGUAUUUUCAUAGUAAUGCAGAGGAUAUGUAAAUCUAAAAUGUAAAUUUUAAAGAGGAACUUGCUAUGAGUUUACAUCUGCUUUGAGUAAUGGAUUGAAUGUAAAUGUAAUUUGCAUGGAAUAUCCAGGUUACGGAAUUUACACUUAAGUUGAACCUUCCUAAAAAUAAAUUGAAAAAGAUGCUGAAGAUGUCUUUAUUUAUAUUCAUUUGGAAUUAAGAGUUCCUGAUUCUAAAUUGACUAUUUUUGGAAGAUCAAUUGGAACUGGCCCAGCUUGUUUUUUAGCAUCAAUUUAUUAACCAAAAGCAUUAAUUUUAUUAAGCCCAUUCACAUCUAUAAAAUCUGUUGCUAAAAAGCAUUUUUAUUUUGCUGCGAAUUUGUUAAAAGUAUGUAGAAAUUAAUAAUCCCUUUUAGGAUUAAUUCAAUAAUGUAUAAAGAGCAAAUAAGAUUACCUGCCCUUGCAUCAUCAUUCAUGGUAAACUAGAUAAAUUUAUUCCAAUAUAAAUGGCAGAAGAUAUAUACAAAAGUUUAGCUUCUAAAAGAAAAACAUUUUUUUAUCCUGAAGAUAAAGAUCAUAAUAAUUUCAAUUUUUUAUUUGACAUAAAAGAUUUUGUUUAGAACUUUAUCAAAGAAAUUGAAUAGUUAAAUCAUAUGUUUUUGCCUAAUUGA